AUGGAUCCAAGACCAUUACCACCAGGUUGGGUAUCUCAAUUUGAUCCUAAUUCAAAUAGUUAUUAUUAUAUUGAUAAAACAACUGGUAUUACUCAAUGGCAUCAUCCAUUAGCGACGCCUUCUUCAAAUACCACAAGUACUACUAGUGGUGUGGGUGGGUUUCCAACAGCUGAUCCAUACCCAGCUCAACCACAACCACAAAAUUUAGAAUAUCCUAUAUCCCCUGCUACUACUUCUAUUAAAUCACCACCAUCAUCAAUUUCUUCUCCUCAAUCUUCUCAUCAAUUUCCUCAGCCAUCAAAUUAUCCACCCACUACUGUUGCUUCUGAAACAUCAAGAAAUUAUCCGCCUCCUCCAACUUCUUCUUCUGAAUCAUUUAAUUAUUAUCAACAAUCACAACAACAAUAUCCACCACCACCACAACAAUAUCCAUCGCCACAACAAUAUCCACCACCACCACAACAAUAUCCACCACCGCCACAACAAUAUCCACCACCACCACAACAAUAUCCACCACCACCACAACAACAAUACCCACCACAACAACAAUACCCACCACCACAACAAUAUCCAGCAUCACAAUAUCCUGCGUCACAAUAUCCUGCGUCACAAUAUCCUGCGUCACAAUAUCCUGGAUCACAAUAUCCUGCACCACAGCAACAAUAUCAUGGCGCCAGUGGUGGCAAAAAAGAUAAACAAGGUAAUAAGCAUGGUGAACAAGAUAAAGGAUUAUUGGGUAAGACUGCUUUGGGUUUAGGUGCAGGUGCUGUGGGUGGUCUCUUGCUUAAUAACGCUAUGAAGCAUCAAUUUGGACAUAAACAUAAACAUAAACAUAAGGGUUGGAAGGGUAAGGGUUGGAAAGGUUGGAAGGGCAAGGGUUGGAAAGGUUGGAAGGGCAAGGGUUGGAAAUAA